AUGAGUUACGAGCAAAAGAAGUUCAGUGGCAUAACCGUAAAUAUUUCAAACUUCAGUUUAUAUAAACCCAGAAAUUUCUGGGUUUCGGGGAGCUCGACCAGCCAGCUUCCCGGGGCGAUUUCUCCCACCUCCGGUCACCGAUUCAGGCAAGACCGUCCCAGCCCAUCUCAGUCUCGAUCUGCCGUCGUGGUAGCCGGAAACCGCCACGAAACAGGGCGGUUUGGACAGUUUUUAACGGAAUUUCGUGGAGCUCGUUCUCCCUCCUCCGGCCAUCGUUUCAGACGAGUGAGCGUAGAUAGCUCGGUUUACGAGCUAGGUUUCAGCAGGUUUUCGGGUCACUGUUCCGGCCACUUCCGGCCAGUUUUUGGGGCACCAGGCGCUGCCAGCGCGUGUGGCGGCGCGUGGGCAGCAGGGUGGGGACCACAGUCAGUCCUAGAAUGA